UUUGAGUAUAAUGGCCGUGAUCCACGAAACAAGGAUCUCGUCAUCUUAAAGAUACCCAAUUUUUUCAACUUUGAAUUUUAAGCAAUUUCAUACAUCACACUCCAUUUCCCUCCAUUUGAGACAAUAUCCAACUGUCCAAAACAAAAGAAAUCUCUACACAUACAAACAUAUAAACAUAUGGACCGCACUGAAACCUCAAACACUCUUCUUAAUUUUAGAUAAUGAUCACACCACAACACUAAAACUCUCCUUAAAGAAAGAAAGACACUAUACACACCAUGGCCGCAUCUAAAAGCAACCUCAUAGACAUCCUCAUCAUCUUCUUCCUUCUCGUCUUCAUCCCAGCCUAUUCAAAGGACAUCACCUGGUGGUGCAGCACCACCCCCCACCCAGGCCCCUGCACCCACUUCAUGUCCCACUACACCGCCCCACAAUCCCCACAAGACUUCCGGACCAUGACAAUCCAAGCAGCCCUCCAUCGCUCUCUCGAGGCCCAAUCGCAGGCCCGUCCCGGCCCAACCCACUGCCGCAGCAAACGCAAAACCGUCGUCCUCCGAGACUGCAACAACCUGAUCGAAAACACAGUCGUCCAGCUCAACACCACCCUCCAAAGCAUCCGCAACAACGCCAGCUUCACGGGGUGGGACGUGCAGACGUGGCUCAGCACGGCCCUAACCAACAUCGAGACCUGCCGCUCGGGCUCGCGCGACCUCAACCUGACGAGCUUCCGGAGCCCGGUUCUGUCCGGGAAUGUCUCGGAGCUCAUCAGCAACAGUUUGGCCACUAAUUGGGCUUUCUUGGAGAAGAAUAAUUAUUCGAGGUCGGGUGGUGGGUUUCCGCAGUGGGUGACGAGGAGGAGGAUGCUGAUUAGGGCUGAUGUGGUGGUGUCGAAGAGUGGGAGAGGGGAGUUUCGGUCGGUGCAGGCGGCGGUGGAGUGGGCGGUGGAGAGGAGGAGGGUUGGGAGCAGGCGGCGGGUGGUGGUGCGCGUGAGGGGAGGGGUGUAUAGGGAGAAUGUGUUGAUAGGGAGGACUAUGAGUAAUGUUAUGUUGGUUGGGGAUGGGUUGAGGCGGACUGUUAUCACGGGCGCUAGGAGUGUGUCGGCUGGUUUUACCACUUACAGCUCUGCUACUGUCGGCGUGGACGGCAUCGGCUUCAUCGCCCGCGGCAUCACAUUCCGCAACACGGCCGGCCCACGCAGUGGGCAAGCCGUAGCCCUCCGGUCAGCCUCCGACCUAUCGGUAUUCUACGCGUGCGCAUUCGAAGGCUACCAAGACACAUUAUUCGUCCACGCCCAACGCCAAUUCUACAAGUCGUGCUACAUUUACGGCACCAUCGACUUCAUCUUCGGCAACGCUGCAGUCGUCUUUCAAAACUGCGUCAUUUACGUGCGCCGGCCAAUGUGGGGCCAAGCGAAUGUUAUCACAGCCCAAGGACGAGGGGACCCAUUCCAGAACACGGGCAUCUCAAUCCAUAACUCACGGAUAAUGCCAGCUCCAGACCUCCGCCCAGUGGCCAGGUCAUACCGAACCUAUCUUGGCCGGCCCUGGCAGCAGUACUCGCGGACCGUUGUAAUGAAGAGCUUCAUAGACGGGUUUGUUAGCGGUCAGGGAUGGUCUCAGUGGGAAGACUCCAACUUCGCGCUCACCACAUUGUACUAUGGGGAGUACCGCAAUUUUGGUCCUGGUGGGUCCACGAGGAAUCGAGUUCGGUGGCCUGGGUAUCACGUCAUCACAAGCUCUAACGUGGCGGCUAGGUUCACGGUUGGAAGCCUUAUCGCGGGUCGGGCGUGGUUGCCGUCCACUGGAGUUCCCUUUACGCCUGGCUUGUGA